AUGGGCUGCGCCCCCAGCAUCCACGUCUCGCAGAGCGGCAUGAUCUACUGCCGCGGCUCGGACGAGUCCAAUUCGCCGCGUCAGACCGCCGCCGUCUCGCAGGGAACGGGCGCCACCGUGCACGGGCUCUUCAUCAAGACCGACGCGGCCGACUCCAUCCCUUCGGUGCUCGCCUUCCAGAGUCGCCAGGCGCCGAACUGCCCGGCCUACCCGCGCAGGGAGAUGGGCAGGAGUGGGGGUCGCCACUGCUGUGGCGUCGUCGAGGCGGAGACCCAGACCCGCCAGAGUAGCGUCAAGCAGGCUUCAACUACUGAAACAGAAAUUGGACCUAUGAGACUGACACAAGAUCCUAUUCAGGUAUUGUUAAUCUUUGCCAAAGAAGACAAACAGAGUGAUGGAUUCUGGUGGGCUUGUAAUAAAGCUGGGUAUAGGUGUAAUAUUGCUCGGACACCAGAAUCAGCACUUGAAAGCUUUCUUGAUAAAUAUCAUGAAAUAAUUGUUAUAGAUUAUCGAAACUCCAGACACUUUGAUGCAGAAGCCAUCUGUAGGUCAAUUCGUGCUACAAAACCUGCUGAACAUACUGUGAUAAUAGCUGUUACCUUACAAACAUCUGCUGGUCAGGAAGAAGCUUCUGUUCUCCCACUUCUCCAUGCGGGAUUUAAUAGGAGAUUUUUGGAGAAUAACAGCAUCAUUGCUUGUUACAAUGAACUGAUUCAAAUAGAACAUGGUGAGGUGCGAUCACAGUUCAAAUUACGGGCUUGUAAUUCGGUAUUCACUGCACUAGAACACUGUCAUGAAGCAAUAGAAAUAACUAGUGAAGAUCAUAUUAUUCAGUAUGUUAACCCAGCCUUUGAACAGAUGAUGGGCUAUCAAAAAGGAGAAUUAAUAGGGAAAGAACUUACAGAGCUUCCAAAAAGUGACAGAAAUCAUGCAGAUUUGUUGGAUACAAUCAACACAUCCAUCAAAAGAGGAAACGAAUGGCAAGGAGUUUAUUACGCGCGAAGAAAAUCAGGAGAUAAUAUCCAACAGCAUGUUAAGAUAACACCUGUGACAGGUCAAGGAGGAAAAAUUCGACAUUUUGUAUCUAUCAAAAAACUGUGUUGCAGCAAUGAUAGAAACAAACAGACUUACAGAAUACAUGAUGAUGAAAAGUGUGCAGGAGAUCAGUUUCAAUCAGACUCUCACUCCUUCAGAUGCAAGAACAGAAGGAAAGAAUCCAUUGAUGCUAAAUCAAUAUCUUCUCAAAGUAGUGAUGCAACAAGUUUACAGAAUCAUCGAUAUUCAUCUAUAGCAAGAAUCCACUCCAUGACAAUAGAAGCUCCAAUUACAAAGGUUAUUAAUAUAAUCAAUUCAGCUCAAGAGAAUAGUCCGGUGACUGUAGCAGAAGCUUUGGAUAGAGUGUUGGAAAUCUUACGAACAACAGAACUUUAUUCUCCACAGUUAGGAACCAAAGAUGAUGACCCUCAUACUAGUGAUCUUGUCGGAGGAUUGAUGACUGAUGGCUUGAAAAAACUGUCAGGAAAUGAGUAUGUCUUUUCUAAAAAUAUGAACCAGAGCCAUUCAGUGCCAGUCACUAUCAGUGAUGCUCCGCCCUGCAUUGCACACUUAUUGGAUAAUGAAGAGAGCUGGGACUUUAACAUUUUUGAACUGGAAGCUGUUACAAAUAAAAGGCCAUUAGUUUACCUGGGUUUGAAAACUUUUUCCCGUUUUGGCAUCUGUGAAUUCUUAAACUGUUCAGAAACCACACUGCGCGCAUGGUUCCAAGUGAUUGAAGCAAACUACCACUCCUCCAAUUCUUACCAUAACUCUACUCAUGCAGCAGAUGUUCUGCAUGCUACAGCAUUUUUUCUGGGGAAAGAAAGAGUUAAGGGAAGCCUUGAUCAUUUAGACCAAGUGGCUGCAUUAAUAGCGGCAACAAUUCAUGACGUGGAUCAUCCAGGACGGACCAAUUCUUUUCUGUGCAAUGCAGGCAGUGAACUGGCUGUUCUCUACAAUGACACUGCUGUCUUAGAAAGCCAUCACACAGCUCUGGCCUUCCAGCUGACAACAAAAGACAACAAGUGCAACAUUUUUAAAAAUCUCAACAGAAAUCAUUAUCGUACCCUUCGUCAAGCAAUUAUUGACAUGGUCUUGGCAACAGAGAUGACAAAGCACUUUGAGCAUGUGAAUAAGUUUGUGAACAGCAUCAUCAAGCCCAUGCCCUCAGAUGAAAGCAACAAUGAUAGUGGUGAUUGUGAAUACCCAAACAGUCUCAAGAACUUUCCAGAUAACCAAACACUGAUCAAGCGCAUGAUGAUAAAAUGUGCAGAUGUUGCAAAUCCAUGUCGUCCUCUAGAAUUGUGUAUUGAAUGGGCUGGGAGAAUUUCUGAAGAAUAUUUUGCCCAGACUGAUGAAGAAAAGAAGCAGGGCCUACCAGUUGUGAUGCCUGUAUUUGAUCGAAAUACCUGCAGCAUCCCCAAGUCUCAGAUAUCCUUCAUUGAUUACUUUAUAAUGGACAUGUUUGAUGCUUGGGAUGCAUUUGCAUAUCUACCUGGUCUGAUGCAACACCUAGCAAAUAACUACAAACACUGGAAAAAAUUAGAUGAAUCAAAGUGUAGGAGCCUUCGUCUCCCUUCAGAGAAUAACCUUGGAAGCUGAAGAGGACAAAAGAAAGAUCAGAGCCUACCACAUACACUGUGAACCAUAUACUGGUAUGGACCCAAGAAGGGUUGAAUUUCCUUCACAAUGAAGUAACCAACUGGGAAAUGUGGAGAAAAAUAUUGUUUCUCAAUUUUAAAUAGUUCAAAAUUCUAUAAAACUGUGGGCUUUUUUAAAAAAUAAAGGACAUAAUUUAGAGACAAGAAAUGGUUUAUAAACGCUAUCCUUUUUUUUGUGGAAUAAUAGAUCCUUUUAAGGGUAGUUUUA